UAUGCUGGGCCUCGCUACAUGAAAAAUCGACCGCCAUAUAAAUUGAAAACCUUUAUACUAAUUUAUAACGUAAUUCAAAUUUUGGCAAACUUAUGGUUUGUAAAAGAACAUAUAUCUGCCGGUUGGUUUUCAGAAGUGAGUUUUAUAUGUGGACGACGUGAUGAAGCUCUUGAACACUCUAAAAGUAAUGUGAUUAAGCUACUGAAUGUAAUAUGGUGGUUAAUUUUACUGAAACUUUUUGAUUAUGUCGAAACCUGCGUGUUUGUAUUGAGAAAGAAACAAAACCAAGUUUCUACUUUGCACGUGUAUCAUCAUGUAUCUAAUGUGACAUUUCUCUGGUAUUAUUUAAAGUACAUUUUGGAUGAAAGGGUGACAAUUGUUUCAUUGGUCAAUUGUGGUGUGCACGUAAUCAUGUACAUUUAUUAUUUUCUCGCUGCAUGGAACCCGGAAUUCCAACAUAUGUUAUCUCCUAUUAAACCAUAUAUAACUAAGUUGCAGAUGGUACAAUUUAUUAUGCUGGUAGGAAUCCUAAUGCAGUAUGUGAAUCCUAAUUGUGAGGCGCACACACAAAAAAAUAAAAUAACACCUAUCUUUAUUGGAAAUUUAUUUAUAUUUUUGUACUUAUUUUAUGAUUUUUAUAAGAAAAGUUAUACUGACUUACCUAAACAGAAAAAUAAUUAAAAGAAAUGAUUUUGUUUUUAAGGAAAUGCUAGCACGACAGUUGAACUUUCACGAAGUCGUUAAAAUAGACUUCUCAAUUGUAAACUAAAAAUGACAAUAAUAGUGGUAUUUUUAAA